AUGUUCCUCGAAAAAGUCGCUGACGACGCAGAGCUCCUGUUCCUGGGCCGCGAAUACCCCCUCGGCCUCGCCUACUUCCGCCCGCGCCUGCACAAGGCCUUCGCCGCCAACGCGGGGCUGCGCGACGAGGCGGCGAUUCGCAGGGGCCUCGAGCGGGCCGAGUUUGUGAAGAAGGAGAUUGAAGCGCUGUACUACCUCAAACGCUACCGCACGCUGCGGAAGCGCUACGUGCCAGACGCGUGA